AUGUAUCUGGUGAUCAUUGCAAAAUAUAAAGAUGUUCUGGCACAUGGUUUACACACAGUUCUCCAGCCUAUGAUUAAUGACCUCAUCACUCUUGGUCAAAGUGGAAUGCAAUACAAAAAGAAUGGUGAGGCAUGCAUUGCUUAUGUCUUCGUGCAAGCAUUUUGUGGAGACAACCUCUCAAUGAACAAGCUGGGCGGCUUCUCGUCAUCCUUUCGUAGUGGACAUGUGUGUCGCUUUUGUUUAGCGCUAGCAACGGAUCUUCAUGCCACCACCAGAGAAGAGCUCUGUGUGCUUCGGACAAAGGCUACCCGCGCUCAACAUCUCUUGGCAAUAUCAGUGAAUCCUGCUAACAGUAGGCUGUACGGAGUUAAUGACAGGUCACCACUUCUAAAUCUGGAUUAUUUUGACGUUACACUGCAACUUCCACCAGAUGUAAUGCAUGACCUAUUCGAAGGUUGCUUUGCCUUCAUAAUGCACCAUGUUUUGAAGGGUUUGGUUGAUGCAGGUGUGAUUGACGUUGGUGACCUUGCUAAGACUGCCUCGUUUGCCUGUGGAUUCCACGACAACCGCAAUAAACCACAAGAGCUCACUGCUGCCUUCCUCUCGGAUCACCAUACUCUUACAGGCACAGCAGCGCAAAAGUGGUGCCUGUUCCGCCUUCUAUCUUUAAUAUUUACUUCAAGCAUAACGGAAGGCAAUGAACACUGGAAGCUGUACCUAAUGUUCCGUGCUAUAGUUGACAUCACGCUUGCUGAGGAAAUGCCCGUGGACUGUGUCGCAUAUCUUGAAGUAGCAAUUCAGGAUUUUGUUAAAUCCUUUGUUGUACAGUACCCUUCAGCCCGGGUUAUUCCUAAAAUGCACUAUCUCGUGCACUAUCCACGAAUGAUGGUAGCCUUGGGCCCUCUGAGAUAUUAUUGGUGCAUGCGUUUUGAGGCUAAACAUCAAUAUUUCAAGAGUGUGGCGUUAAAAGUGAAGAACUUCAGAAAUAUUUGUAAGACUCUAGCCUACCGACAUCAGCUCGUGCAAUGUUAUUACCUUCAUGAGUCUCCUCUUGACCAAGACCUCAAAACACAGGGAGCUAAAGAAUCGGCUAGUUCUUCUGUACAGCCUUGUGUGCAAGAAUUGGCAGGAGAAGCGCAAAUUUGGGAAGUGAAAACUGCUACUUUCCAUGGAACCACAUACAGAAAAAGAUACGUCUUGGUGGCUGAGAAGGGUGAUGUACCCCGUUUUUCUCAAAUUUGUGCCCUCUACGUUAUUCGAGGGAAGCUUUACCUUCUUUUAGAUGACCUCAUUGUACAUGGCUUCUGGAGGCACAGGUGCCUCUGCAAAGUGUCCUCAAGUGGUACAUUGAGAAUUGGCUUUCCUGGACAAGAAGCAUCUCAUCACAUGCUGGACCUAUAUUUCGGGGGAAAAGUAAUGCCAAUGUGGGACCUCAUGGGCGAUGAAUGA